AUGGUGCAGCACAAGGACACCAAGGAGCACUGGCCGGUCGAGUGCGGCCGAUGCUACGAUCGCUCUGCUGACAAGGAAGACUUUCAGGAGCAUGAGUACAACUGUCACAAAUAUUGUGCCGACUGCGACCGCGAUUUCCAAAAUUACAACAACCUACGUAUAGACUAUACUCGGAUGAAGAUAAUUCAAAUCUCUGACAAGUACGACGCCAGCGCCUCAAUUCGAGUCGCCACAGAGGCGACAACAUCACCUGCCCUUUUGCAAAAAGAGCCUGACCACCGCAACCGGUCUCGCGCAUCACGAGAUAUAUGCCUGCCCCAACGCCACCACGGACCGCGACUCUGUUUACCGCUACCACUUGAACUCGGAGCUCACCAGCAGCCGCUGUACCGCUGCCCCAAUCAGGACUGCCGCAACUUUGAAGCGCUGGCGGGCAUCAUCAAUCACCUGGAGAGCGAGACGUGCGGCAUCACCCGCUUCGGCGCGGUGCAGAGGGGUAUCACGCGAAUGACUGGCGAUGGCGCCCUCUUGUGUCUCUCGACGGACUCGCAUUGA